AGGUCUUUGCCUCCGCGUCACAUUCUCCUCCUCGAGUCUCCGGAGACAGGGAGCCGGGCGAGGCUCGCUUUCCCGGACGGAGCUCGAGCUCGGGUCCUCCCUGGGCGCUGAGGCCCCCGCCCCCCGCGGAGGGACUACUUGCCGUCACCCGCGGCGGGACUACUUCCUCCCCCGCGGAGGCGUCGGCCCUGGCGGCGCGCACGGCAUGGCGGCGGCGGCGGCGGCGGCGGCGGCGCGCGCCUGAGGAGAGGGGACGCCGGCCCGGUCAGGCCUCGGCGCGGCCUACACGCUUCGCUCGCUCGCUCGCUCCCGCCUCCCGCCCCGCGCCCGGCCAUGGCGGAGCCUUCGUCCGCCCGACGCCCGGUGCCUCUCAUCGAGUCGGAGCUGUACUUCCUCAUCGCCCGGUACCUAUCGGCGGGCCCGUGUCGGAGAGCGGCCCAGGUGCUGGUGCAGGAGCUGGAGCAGUACCAGUUGUUGCCGAAGAGGUUGGACUGGGAGGGCAACGAGCACAACAGGAGCUACGAGGAAUUGGUCUUGUCCAAUAAGCAUGUGGCUCCUGAUCAUCUGUUGCAAAUCUGCCAACGCAUCGGGCCUAUGUUGGAUAAAGAAAUUCCACCCAGUAUUUCAAGAGUCACUUCUUUACUUGGUGCAGGAAGGCAGUCUUUGCUACGUACAGCAAAAGACUGCAGGCACACAGUUUGGAAGGGCUCUGCCUUUGCUGCUCUUCAUAGAGGAAGACCUCCUGAAAUGCCAGUGAAUUAUGGUUCCCCACCUAAUCUUGUGGAGAUACAUCGAGGAAAACAACUCACAGGGUGUUCUACUUUUAGUACAGCAUUUCCAGGAACUAUGUAUCAACAUAUAAAAAUGCACAGAAGGAUUCUCGGACAUCUAUCUGCUGUUUACUGUGUAGCAUUUGAUAGGACAGGACAUAGAAUCUUUACAGGUUCAGAUGAUUGUUUGGUGAAGAUUUGGUCAACACAUAAUGGCCGCUUGUUAUCUACAUUAAGAGGCCAUUCUGCAGAAAUAUCAGAUAUGGCAGUAAACUAUGAGAAUACAAUGAUUGCUGCGGGGAGCUGUGAUAAAAUUAUUAGAGUGUGGUGCUUGAGGACUUGUGCCCCAGUUGCUGUGCUCCAAGGACACACAGGAUCAAUUACAUCUUUACAGUUUAGCCCGAUGGCCAAAGGCUGUCAAAGAUACAUGGUUUCCACUGGUGCUGAUGGGACAGUUUGCUUUUGGCAAUGGGAUUUAGAAUCCUUGAAAUUUAGCCCACGUCCCCUGAAGUUCACUGAAAAGCCUAGGCCAGGCGUUCAAAUGCUUUGUUCUUCUUUUAGUGUUGGUGGUAUGUUUUUAGCCACAGGUAGUACUGAUCAUGUAAUCAGAAUGUAUUUUUUGGGUUUUGAAGCACCUGAAAAAAUCGCGGAACUUGAAAGCCACACUGAUAAAGUAGAUAGUAUCCAAUUUUGUAACAAUGGUGAUCGGUUCCUAAGUGGUAGCAGAGAUGGAACAGCAAGGAUUUGGAGAUUUGAGCAGUUAGAAUGGAGGAGCAUUUUAUUGGAUAUGUCUACUAGAAUCUCAGGGGACUUAUCUUCGGAAGAGGAAAGGUUUAUGAAGCCUAAAGUAACAAUGAUAGCUUGGAAUCAAAAUGAUAGCAUUGUUGUCACAGCUGUGAAUGAUCAUGUCCUCAAAGUGUGGAAUUCCUACACUGGACAGUUGCUUCAUAACUUACUGGGACAUGCUGAUGAAGUAUUUGUUUUGGAGACACAUCCCUUUGAUUCCAGAAUUAUGUUAUCUGCAGGACACGAUGGCAGCAUAUUUAUAUGGGAUAUUACAAAAGGUACCAAGAUGAAACAUUAUUUUAAUAUGAUUGAAGGACAAGGACAUGGAGCUGUGUUUGACUGUAAGUUUUCACAGGAUGGACAGCAUUUUGCUUGUACAGAUUCUCAUGGACACCUUCUGAUAUUUGGUUUUGGAUGCAGCAAACCAUAUGAAAAGAUUCCUGAUCAGAUGUUCUUCCAUACUGACUAUCGACCACUUAUUAGAGAUUCUAAUAAUUAUGUCUUAGAUGAGCAAACUCAGCAGGCUCCUCAUCUUAUGCCUCCACCAUUCUUGGUAGAUGUAGAUGGAAAUCCUCAUCCAACUAAGUAUCAGAGAUUAGUACCAGGCCGAGAAAAUUGUGCAGAUGAACAUUUGGUUCCACAGCUGGGCUAUGUGGCAACAAGUGAUGGAGAGGUAAUUGAACAAAUUAUAAGUCUGCAAACCAAUGAUAAUGAUGAACGCAGCCCAGAAUCGAGUAUUCUUGAUGGAAUGAUAAGACAGUUGCAGCAGCAGCAAGAUCAGAGAAUGGGAGCAGAUCAGGAUACUAUUCCAAGUGGACUUUCACAUGGUGAAGAAACACCCCGGAGAGGUUUUAGAAGACUGAGCUUAGACAUUCAGUCUCCUCCAAAUAUUGGUCUGCGUCGUAGUGGACAAGUUGAAGGUGUUCGUCAGAUGCAUCAAAAUGCUCCACGCAGUCAGAUUGCUACAGAACGUGACCUGCAGGCAUGGAAGCGAAGAGUGGUUGUACCAGAGGUACCACUAGGCAUAUUUAGGAAGCUGGAAGACUUCCGAUUAGAGAAAGGUGAAGAGGAAAGAAAUCUUUAUAUCAUAGGAAGAAAAAGAAAGACUCUCCAGCUCUCACAUAAGUCAGAUUCAGUGGUUUUGGCAUCACAGUCUAGACAAAGGACAUGUAGGCGUAAAUAUCCAAAUUAUGGUAGAAGAAAUCUUAGCUGGCGCCAGUUAUCUUCUGGAAAUGAGUCUUCAAGCUCCGUAAGACAUGAGACUUCCUGUGAUCAAAGUGAAGGUUCUUGUUCUUCGGAAGAAGAUGAAUGGAGAAGUGAUAGAAAAAGUGAAAGUUACAGCGAAAGUUCAAGUGAUUCUUCAUCUAGAUAUUCCGAUUGGACAGCUGAUGCAGGCAUCAAUUUGCAGCCUCCUUUAAGAACAUCAUGUCGUCGACGAAUUACUCGAUUUUGUAGUAGUUCAGAAGAUGAAAUAUCUACUGAGAAUGUAUCUCCUCCAAAAAGAAGACGAAAGAGAAAGAAAGAAAAUAAGCCUACAAAAGAGAAUUUGCGGAGGAUGACUCCAGCAGAGCUUGCAAAUAUGGAACAUUUAUAUGAAUUUCAUCCUCCAGUUUGGAUUACUGACACCACACUUAGAAAAUCUCCUUUUGUUCCUCAAAUGGGUGAUGAGGUUAUAUAUUUUCGACAGGGUCAUGAAGCUUAUAUUGAGGCUGUGAGAAGAAAUAACAUUUAUGAACUGAACCCUAAUAAGGAGCCAUGGAGAAAAAUGGAUCUUAGGGAUCAAGAAUUGGUUAAAAUAGUUGGAAUACGAUAUGAAGUUGGGCCUCCUACACUCUGUUGCCUCAAACUAGCAUUUAUAGAUCCAGCAACUGGAAAACUUAUGGACAAGUCUUUCUCUAUUAGAUACCAUGAUAUGCCAGAUGUUAUUGACUUUCUUGUACUGCGUCAAUUUUAUGAUGAAGCAAGACAGAGGAAUUGGCAGUCUUGUGACAGAUUCCGCUCUAUUAUUGAUGAUGCUUGGUGGUUUGGAACAGUGUUAAGUCAAGAGCCAUAUCAACCACAGUAUCCUGAUAGUCAUUUCCAGUGUUAUGUUGUUAGGUGGGAUAAUACUGAAAUUGAAAAACUUAGCCCUUGGGACAUGGAACCAAUUCCUGAUAAUGUUGACCCACCUGAAGAAUUGGGGGCUAGUAUUUCUGUCACAUCAGAUGAGCUAGAAAAAUUGCUCUAUAAACCACAAGCUGGUGAAUGGGGUCAGAAAUCACGAGAUGAAGAAUGUGAUAGAAUUAUCAGUGGUAUAGAUCAACUUUUGAAUCUCGAUAUAGCAGCUGCUUUUGCAGGCCCUGUUGAUCUGUGUACAUAUCCGAAGUACUGUACUGUAGUAGCUUAUCCAACUGAUCUUUACACAAUUCGAAUGAGACUUGUUAAUCGAUUUUACAGGAGGCUGUCUGCGUUAGUUUGGGAAGUCAGAUAUAUAGAACAUAAUGCCAGAACAUUUAAUGAACCUGAGAGUGUAAUUGCAAGAUCAGCUAAAAAGAUAACUGACCAACUUUUAAAAUUUAUCAAGAAUCAACACUGUACAAACAUCUCAGAAGUUUCUAACACAUCUGAAAAUGAUGAGCAAAAUGCUGAGGAUUUGGAUGAUAGCGAUCUUCCUAAAACAUCUUCUGAAAGAAGGAGAGUGCAUGAUGGGAAAAAAAGCAUCAGAGCUACCAACUGUGUUGAAAGCAACUGGAAGAAACAGUGUAAGGAACUAGUGAACUUAAUUUUUCAGUGUGAAGAUUCUGAACCAUUUAGACAACCUGUUGAUUUGGUUGAAUAUCCAGACUACAGAGAUAUUAUAGAUACUCCAAUGGAUUUUGGAACAGUAAGGGAAACUCUAGAUGCAGGAAAUUAUGACAGCCCUUUGGAGUUUUGCAAAGACAUCCGGUUGAUAUUUAGCAAUGCAAAAGCAUAUACACCAAACAAAAGAUCAAAGAUUUAUAGUAUGACCUUGAGAUUAUCUGCCUUAUUUGAAGAAAAAAUGAAGAAAAUCUCUUCUGAUUUUAAAAUUGGUCAAAAAUUCAAUGAAAAACUUCGAAGAAGCCAGAGAUUCAAGCAACGGCAAAAUUGUAAAGGUGACACUCAGCCUAACAAAAGUAUCAGAAAUCUCAAGCAGAAGAGGUUAAAAUCUCAGACAAAAAUAAUUCCUGAGUUGGUAGGUUCUCCUACCCAGUCUACCUCAAGUAGGACAGCUUAUCCUGGAACCCACAAGACAAGUGCUGGUAUCUCUUCAGGUGUUACUUCUGGUGACUCUUCAGAUUCAGCAGAAUCAUCAGAAAGAAGGAGAAGAAACAGACCAAUAACAAAUGGUUCUGCAUUAUCUGAAAGUGAAAUGGAAGAUUCUUUAGCUACCUCUUUAUCAUCGUCAGCUUCCAGUAGUUCUGAGGAAAUCAAAGAGAAUUCAAGAGCUCGUGAUUCCUUCUUACGUAGUGGGCUAUCCAGAAGCAGCAAUCUCAGGGUAACCAGAACUAGAGCUGCUCAAAGAAAAACUGGUCCUGUUUCAUUAGAAAAUGGAUGUGGCAGAAAAGCUACUCGAAAGAGAGUCUAUUUAAGUGAUUCUGAUAACAAUUCAUUGGAGACGGGUGAAAUUCUAAAAGCCAGAGCUGGAAAUAACCGAAAAGUCUUACGGAAGUGUGCUGCUGUGGCUGCCAAUAAGAUAAAACUAAUGAGUGAUGUAGAAGAGAAUUCUAGCUCUGAAAGUGUCUGUUCUGGUCGGAAGCUGCCUCACCGCAAUGCUUCUGCUGUAGCUAGAAAAAAGUUAUUACAUAAUUCUGAAGAUGAUCAGAGCUUAAAGUCAGAAAUAGAAGAAGAGGAGCUAAAAGAUCAAAAUCAACCAUUACCAGUGUCUAAUUCUGAUGCUGCCCAGAGUAAUGUUGAUGAAUCUGAAAACAGAGAUUCAGAGUCAGAAAGUGAUUUGCGGGUAGCCCGGAAAAAUUGGCAUGCUAAUGGUUACAAGUCUCAUUUUCCAGCACCUUCUAAAACAAAAUUUCUUAAAAUAGAGUCUUCUGAGGAAGACUCUAAAAGUCAUGAUUCAGAUGAUGAAUGUAACAGAACUGCUGGCCCGUCGACAUCUGUGCAGAAAAUUAAGGCAGAGAGCAUCUCAGAGGAAGCAGAUUCUGAACCAGGAAAAUCUGGUGGUAGGAAAUACAAUACAUUUCACAAGAAUGUGAGUUUCUUUAAAAAAGCAAAGAUUUUGAGUGAUUCAGAAGACUCAGAAUCUGAAGAGCAAGAGCAGGAUAGAGAAGAUGAGAAGUGUCAUAAAAUGGAAGUGAACCCAAUUUCAGGAAAUGUGAAUUGUGACCCCAUUGCUGUGUCCCAGUGUUUCUCAGAUCAUGUAUCUGAAACUGAUUUAGAUACAGAUGAUGACAAAAAAGAAAAACCAAACAAUUUUAUGAAAGAUUCUACAUCACAAGACAAUGGACAAAGCAGAAAAAUUUCCAAGAAAAGGGUCUGUUCCAGUGACUCAGACAGCAGUUUACAGGUGGUUAAGAAAUCAACAAAAGCCAGAACAGGUCUCCUAAGGAUUACUCGAAGAUGUGCAGCCACGGCUGCCAAUAAGAUCAAGCUCAUGAGUGAUGUUGAAGAUGUCAGUUUAGAAAAUGUAUGCACUAGAAGCAAAAAUGGAAGGAAAAAACCUUUCCAUCUUGCUUGUACUACAUCUAAGAAGAAAUUGGGUGAUUGUGAGGGAAGUGUACAUUGUGAAAUGCCAAGUGAACAGUGUGCCUCUGACGACAAGCUGCCUGAUCCUGUCUCUGAGGGUAGCACAAAAGUGCUUAGUCAGGCUGUAAAUGGAGACUCAGACUCUGAAGGUAUGUUGAAUUCUGAACACAAGCACAGGGAUACCAAUAUUCACAAAAUAGAUGCACCUUCUAAAAGGAAAAGUUCCUCUGUUGCAUCUUCAGAAGAAGAUUCAAAAAGUCAUAUUCCAGGGAGUGAGAUUGUUAGGACAUUUUCUUCUGAGUCAACUUUGGCACAAAAAGCUACUGCAGAGAAUAAUUUUGAAGUGGAACUAAAUUAUGGGCUACGCAGGUGGAAUGGCAGAAGACUCAGGACCUAUGGAAAGGCUCCUUUCAGUAAGACAAAAGUGAUUCAUGAUUCACAGGAAGCUGCAGAGAAGGAAGUAAAAAGGAAGAGAUUGCAUCCUGAACUGGAAAAUUUGAAAAUCUCUGAAACAACUGGGAAUUCAAAGUUGAGACCUGAUACUAGUUCCAAAUCGUCAGAUUUGGGAUCUGUAACUGAAUCAGAUAUUGACUGUACUGAUAAUACAAAAACCAAAAGGAGGAAAACGAAAGGAAAAGCAAAAGUAGUUAGAAAAGGUAAAACUUUUACAGCUAACAUAUCUAAAACUGUGAGACGUCAAAGACAAAGCAAACGCCCUAGGUUAAGUGUGGAUGAUAAUGACUGGGAGGAUGUGGACUAUGCAAAAUCUAAAAGAGUUCUUCGACGUUCAAAAAUAAAAACGAGAAAUCAGGGUAGAAGAACUGUGAGAUACCAUGAUGGGGAUGAUGAUAGAAGCUUAGAAAAUGUGUUAGAUUUCAAUGAUUGCACCUUAUGACCUUGAGGGAAAGCCAGUUCAUUUAAGAGGAAAUGGACUGGAAUUUAUGGUGAAAGCUGGCUGUUAAAAUUAUUUUUUUGUCUUACAAUUCAGGGAAUAUAUUUAUAUUUUUCUAUGAAAAGUUAUGAAUGUGACUAAAUCAUGACUGUUAUUUUUAUUUGCACUUGCUGGUCUUUGUAGCAGCAUUCAGCACAGGUGCCAAAAUAUGCUUCAUUUUGGGGGCAGAUCUAUUUUGACAGUAUUUGACUACAUAUAGCAAGAGUUUGAAAUAUGUUAAACACUAGACAUCCUGGUUAUCAAAACCAAUGAGCAUUACUUUCAUGGUAGCAAGUGUCAUGCAGUUAUUUUCUGAAUUUGUCAAAGAGGCAGUAGUUUGUAACCCGUUCUAUAGUAGUAUAACAAUUUCACAACCUAUGUUUACAGAUUCUUUAUAAAUACAUGCAUACUGACACUAUAAUCAUGGGAGGUGUAACCAUGAUUUGUAGGCAAGGUACCUACCACUUUAGUUUUCUUUCCCUGGCUACUUGAGUAGAAUGCAUUACACCAGAUCUGGUCAUGUUCACUGAAAUGGUUUCUAAUUUUCUUUCCCAGUGCUAUUGGGUUUUUCUCUCUUUCUGAGGAAAACAUGAUCACUUUUAUGUUAUAAACUUGAAUUUAUAAAGUGCUGGUAAACUAUUUUUAAUAAUUUGAGUGCAUGUUUUAAGCCUCUUAAGACCAGAGCAUAGUCAUAGCAUUUUUCUUUUAAAUUGUGCACUAACAGAAUGCUAUAUAAUUUAUCUUCUGUCCAAGAUCUCCUGAUUUCCAUUGUAAGGGAUUUAACCAAAAUCUUGCUCUUCCAUAAUCUUACUCUGUGAAAUAGAGAAAUUUGUGUGCCUUAGCUUUAGAAGUAUGUUCUUUAAUAGAGUGUUGUACAGGGCUAAAAGAGUAUUUAAGUUAAUAUGUAGGUUUCCCCCAUCUGUAUUGAAAUUGUAGAGUUGAGUUUUGUUGAGAGUGCAAUUGCAAAUCUUACCUAUACAGGAAAAGAACUAAAUGUCAUUCUCCACCUCUUUGUUUUAGUUUACUGCUUCCGUGUGCAAUCCUAAGCAUUCUUUGCUGGGGCAACUAAAUCUAUCUUUAUUAGUGACCUCUAGUCCAAAUAUAAGAAACUGUCAUGUUUCAUGGGAAAAUAAUUUUAUAAUCCAUUUAAAAUGAAACUUUAUCACACAAAUAGUACACUUAUUUUCUAACCAAAUACUUGAUAGGUUAUGCAACUCCAGUGUAGGUGGCCAUUCCUAACUUGUUUGUGCCUGAAGAUGGACUUGAUUCAAAUGGUUUACAUAUUUAGUAGGUAAGGGAUAUGUUACCGUACCCCACCUUUAAGUUAUUUAUUAGCCCUAAUUGUGUUUGGUUUUAGACAAAAUUAACCCUUUCUCCUGUGUUAUCUUUGAAGUGGCAGAUAAAGGGAAGCAUCAGACUGGUAUCAAUGUUAGACAAUGUUCUUACAUGUUCCUAUUUUGUAGUUACCGAUUCCAUUUGACAUAGUAGGAGGUACCUUUUCUUUCUACUCUGAUGCAUGGGGAAGGAUGUUUUUGGACAUUAUCAACUGUGAUAGGUGGGAAACCUACCUCUCAUUUGUGGUUCCAUUUCAGAACUAUGAUGCUUUUCUUCUCAGAGCUUGUGUUAAGUAUAUAGUAAACAGAUUGAUUCAUGAUAAUUGUCCUUGACUAUUGACAUGAAAAGACUAAUGGGAUGCCUUUUACUUCCCUAAUUUUAAGAAUUGGUGAUAGAUGUCAAAUCCAUUAAUUUAUUUAAACUCUUCUUAACCUUCUCUGUUUUAUAAUCUGUUCUCAGGUUUAUAACUCCAUGUUUACCAUCAUCUGCAAAAUGGUACCAAAAAAAUCCAUAAAUAAAUACGGAAUACAUUCAUAAGUACAUACAUUCUUUUGGUAAAAUGAUCUUUUGACAGUUUAGGCUUCAUUAAUAGAACUGUUCUUUUUCUUUGGACCAUAUUAAUUGGUCAUUGAAUGGUCAUCCAAUUACCGUGUUUUCUUUCAGUCCAAAAUAGUUAGACCCUUGUAUAUAGAAGUGGUAUUUUGGUUUUUAAUCAGAUUUGGUUUCAUCAGAAGAAGCAAGAAUGGGCCUGAUGUUCUUUAAAAGCAUAGCUGACAAUGGUAGCUUCUCAAGUUAUGAAAUAAAACUAAGAGAUAAUGGAGAAAAUCAUUUUUAUGGGUUUUUUUGGUUAUGGUGCUAUUCCUAAGGUUAACUUUGAAUACAUGACACACACACUCCUAAGUACCUUUAAGGAAAAUUAGUAAAUCAUUAAUAGUUAAAAAUGUUUACAUUGAGCACUAGAACUUGUUUGGCUUUUUUUCUAGAUUAUGGGAAAUGCCCAGGGAUUUAAUGCACAGGUGUACUUUAAUGUUUAGGGUCAGUUUGUAAUAUUCUUGAGAAAAAGAUAAAGGGUUACAAUUUGAAUGUGAACUGAUCCAGAAAUAAGUGCUGUAGCUUUCCACUGCACUUGAAGUUUAACUUAAUGGUGUAUGUGAAAAAAAGAACCAAAAAGCAAAAAACUACUCUGGUUGUGUCCAAAGUCGUAUGGUUUUAUUCAUGUAUGGUUUUAAAGGCUUUGAAGUAUUCAGAUUUGAUCUUUGCCUUCUCGGAAAUACUCACUUUACCAAGCAUAUAAAGGAAAAAAGAUUUCAAACAUUCACAAGAUAGAUGAGUGUUAACAAAGCGUUUGUUUUCUUUUUUUUUUUCCAUGUCCUUCUCAUUUAAAAAGGUAUACAUAAAAUGUGAAGUAACUUAAUAAAAGGAAAAGUUUAUCCCAUAUUCAAAAUACUUCCUAGGGUCAGCCUCCCUUUUUUUAAGUGGAAAAUAUCUGAUUAAAUCAUUUCACAGUUUAUUCUUGGAAAGAAUGAUACAGCAGUUAUUCAUAGCUUGUAAAUUACAACAGAAAGGUUCCUUUCAAAUAGUAGAGCUGCACCUAAAGAGGAAAUUGGGUUUAUAAGAAAAUGAAGGCAAAUCACUUAAGUUUUAAGAAAAAGCACUUCAAAAGGGCAGAUGGAAAAGGGGGAUAUAAAACAAACCAAUAAAAAUACCAUCUGACGGUGUUACUGUCCAGAAGUAAAGAAUAAGAUGCAUCACUAAGCUCUUUGCACUCAUUAUGACCUCAUAAGUAAAAAUUAUUAAUAUGGGAUGCACACUACAUUCCCUGUCUCUCUUCUAGACUUUUUUUCUGUGGAAGAAUCAAAACAAUUUACUAACCUCCUUGUUUGAUACUAAAAAGUAAAUAGGAAAAAAUUUAAUAUUUUCUGUCAGUACAAGUUGAACUUGAUUGUGCCAACUGAAACCUUAGAGGUUUGUAUAUCAGUGGAACAUAAGAACAUUGUUAAAGGUGCUUACAGUCUUUUGUUUUCCUUUCCACUCCAUUGUAUCAAUUUUUUGAGUAACUUUUAAAUGGCUAGAAAAUGAUCUUUUUGCUUUGCCCUUUUAUAGCUGAAAUAACCAGCUCCAUCCUUUUCAUGAAUAAGUUGAUAUAUUUAUCAGGUAUCUUGCAGUUGUCACCAAAUACUGUAGUUUUCUUAUGUUGUAUGGAAAUUAUAGUUCAAUUAUUCUAAUGUGAUGGAGUGCCACAAGUCAUUGUAGAACUUUUCACCUGUUAAUGUUGAAGUUAUACCUCUGAACUUCUGCUGUGGAUAUCAAGGAAAUAAUAAAGCAGAAACCCUAAGAACUUUCCAAUUUAACAGUUUGAGACUGUCUCUUAUCCUAGUAUUUGGGAAGAGAAGGAAUAAAUUUGUCAAAACUAGGUGAGAGUAUAGAGCAUUGUGGGAAAAAUUGAGUCCACCUAGAUUAGCAAAUGUUAAUCCCGAGCUCAAAUUCUGAAUAGUAAGGAUUGAAAAACUAUUUAAUGGUAAGGGCUUUGUUGCCUUACGAUUUUAAGAAAAGUUUCAAAGGCUGCUAAAUUAUAGAGAUGGUGCCUAAGGAUACAUGGAGAUUCUCCAAAGUAAGAGAUGUUUACCUUUUUUAUAAUCUGUCAAGCUGGUUCCUAAUAUAAUAUAUUGCUAAAUUAGUAGAAAACUAUCAAGAUUUUAAAUUGGUGUCUGCUCAAGGAUUGCUUUUCUGGAUCUGAUGGAGGGAGUGGGAGAGUCACAUCAUUUGGAUCCUACAAAUCUGCAGUCUCUAUAUUUGGCAGCAUGUAAAUAACUAGACUAUACAUCUAUUUCUCAAGUAUGGUAAGACCAGUAGUUUGAAUUUAAUUAUCAAUGCUCUGGUAUAUUUUCUGGUCACAUUUUAGUUAUGUCAGUUUUAAGGUAAGUGUUUUCAUUUAUUAAAGCCUUUAAAUGAGUUCAGACUGCCAAAGAGAAAAGGCAGGCCAGUUGACCUAAUUGAAAUGAGACGACCAGUAUAUAGGGCCUGGAUGGACUAUAGCAGCUCUCCCCCUUUGUUUUACAAGGUAAAUCAUUUAAAAAAUUACCUUUUUUGAUGAGUGGUUAAAAAUUAAAGAGAUCUUUAAAUUUUAAUAUAUUCAAGUUAAUUUUCUAAGUGAGAAUCAGUCCUUGGAGUGCAACUAUAUAUUCACCUACAAAAUUCCAAUCAUAAAAUUACAGGAGCCUGUCAAGAAAGCAGAUCUUCAGUUUUCCACUCCACAUAAGAUUGUUAAUAUUCUAAAUUAAUCAAAAACUCAUUUAGAUGAGUUUUUGUCAAUUCCUAAAUAAAACAAUAUAAUAAGUUUAGCAUUUUCAUCUUAACAAGCAAAAGAGUUAAAAAACAAAUUCUAUUUGGUUAAUUCCAGACUUGUCCUAGGUAGUUCCCCAACCUCCUUUCCACUGGUAAUUUCUUUUCAUGCAGGCAGAACAUAGGGCUGCGAAUUUUAUGGAUGAGCUUGGAUGGGGGAACUGAAGCGAGUCAGUAGCCCUGCUUGAAAAGGGUUUUACCACUGGAUUGUCUGUGGCCCGGGGUCUUUUCAUUAGUAGUACAGUAAUAGGGUAGAUUGAAAACAAGUAUUUACUUCUGAUUCUGCCUACAUUUAGUGUGAAAUGCUCUGAGAUGUCGUUUCUAAAAAGCAAAUUAAGCAGUUAAGUAUAAGGUCCCUAACUUCACAUUUUAAAAUAAGGCUUUUAUGAGAUUUUUAUAAAAAAUUGCAAUAGCCAUCACAAAUCUUUUGCAGAAUUUUUCUAGGGGUGAGAGAAAACUGUAUUGUCAUGAGCUAGAUUAGUUGUAGUUCCAGAAUAAAAAAUUCUAGGUUGUAUGGUGCCCAUCAUUGAGUAAAUUGAUCUCUAAAGAUGAAUAAGCUAGUGAACUAGUUUAUGGAAUUAUUUCUGACAGUCUCUUGACCCGAUGCUGCCAUACUGCAGUGUUAUGAGCUCCCCCUAGAAAGUGGAACUGUUGAACAGCAAGUUAUACAGCAACCAUUUAUUCUGUAGCCAUUGCCUAAAGGGGUACUUUGGCUUAUAGAAUGUUUUUGGAAACUCUGCUUUGGGAAUGAUGAAGAUCAUUGAUAAAUGUUACUAGCUUUCUGAGUUUUGGGGUCAUUUCAUUACUUAUCAAUGAAGGGCAGACAGGAGAGAGAACAUCUCAAACCUUUUCUGAUAAAAGGCUUGCUUGAGGGAGCUUAUAACUUGUACCUAGAGGGUUUACCCAUUAUGUGGAUUUCAUUAUCCACCAACCACAGCAACCAAUAAUGUCAAGAUCCUAGGAGUUCAUGAAAGAGGCUAGUAUGUUUUCAUUUUGAGUCAAACAUUUUCUCAUGAAAUCUGUUUCAAAUGCUCCAAUUAAAAAAAUGUUGAUUAAAAAUUUUUAAUGCUUCUGUAGUGUGCAGUUUACUUUGAAUUCAGGAAAAGUUUUGUAUGUUGAAGUAAUACUUGUGCAGAAUCUGUAAAUAGGGUAGCUUAAAAAUUAUAAAAAAGUCUAAUUGGAAUAUGACAUCCUUAAAAUGUAGAAACUAAAGAUUGUGUUGUCAGAACUGUUAAUGUUUGUACCCAGGUUUCCAUUCACCACAGAUGUCAUCUUAGAAUACACACAUAUCCGUGAGUUAUAAUUCAAAGCGGUCAUCCAGGUAAAUGAUCAUGGAGUGCUACUACAGAUGUACAUUUUUAUACUACUGAUGUUGUGUUCUUGCCAUAUCCAAAUAGGGAAUCACUUCCAGGAAAACAAUAGUCCUCAAGCACUCACUGACUUUCUGAACACGUGAUUGACACAAGACCAUCUGAGACAGUAGGACUGUUGGAAUUCUACUGACUUAGUAUUACAUGGCAUCAUCACAAAUGUAUUAUUAGAGCAGCAGCAUCCAGAGUUCUUAAGUUUGUACCCUAACACACCAAUUUGACUUCCCCCUGAAAAUACGUGUAUUUCUAAAAUGGUUUGUAGUUUUCUUGAGAAUAAAGCACUUUACAAUUUACUAAGUUUUCAGUGAUACUUAAAAGUAUGUAUUUAAAAAAAAACUGUCCACAGUUUUCUCUCUCUGAUUUUUAUUCUUAGUCUAUGAAAUUCCUGUUUUAUUGUCUAAGACUUAAGAGAUACAGGUUUAUCAAGUUAGAGUUGCUGUGUACAAUAUAAUUCACAAAUUCUCCCUCCUUUGGGCAUAGUUAUUGAAGUUCAAAUUUCCUUAAAAAUAUUUUUUAAAAACCUGAGUUUUGUUUUUUUUCCUGCAGAAUCUUAUCCAUCAUUCCGGAUGACAAACAUUUAUUAAAAUGUCUUAGAGUUAGUGUUUACUGGGUUCCGAAAUUGUCAGUAUAGGUAUAGGUACUUUAAUCACACAUCAAAAUGGAAUUCAUUUCUGCAACUUAAAGCAUUUUGUUACAAAUAAAUUUGUAGUUGAAAUAGGCUGUUCCACUUGAUGAGUAGGUUGUUGGGAGUGAACGAGUUUAAUUUUUUUUUCAAAAUGCAAAUGGUGCAGCUAGCUGAUAAUAGUAUAUCAUCAUCCUACUAUAAAUUGCAAAUUUCACCUUAAUUUUGCAUGUUUUAAACUUUUUGUUUACCCUUUGUAGCAUAUUUAUAUUUUAGCAUUUGCCUAACAUUGAUUUAAUGUGUUAAGAUUCAUUUUGGAUAUAGGGUUGACUUGUUGGAGAUAAUAGUUCAUAAUUUAAAAAUUUCCAAGAAAAAUGUCUCUGAAGUGGUAAACACACUGUACUUUAAGCCACUUCUCUUCCCACAGAGCCCAACUGAAGGAGGUAAGGGCAUGCUGCAUGGGAGUAAUGCUGUGAUGAGCAUCUUACUCUAGCAAAAUGCCAUUUACAAUGCCUAGAGAUUUAACUCUAAAAACAUAGAACCCUUAGAAAUAGAAUUUUACUGGAAAGCAUGUGAGUCACAUAAGUUAGUUGGCAAAAAGAACUGAUGUGUAUGUGGUACGGUUGCUUUGAAUAAAGUAUUUCCUAACCUAUUUUGGGGAGAACACUUACCUGAACUUAGAGAAGUGUAAAAUCAGUUUCAUAGACUUACAGGAAAAUCUAAAGUGCUUCCAUUGUGAGGGCAGAGGCCUGCUUCAUUAAUCUGGCUGUAUGAACAUGUCAGUCCACAGAAGCAGUUUUUAACUGUACUCAUCUGUCCUUUAGUCAGCUUAGUGACAGAAGGGCAAACAUCUUCAUAGAAGAAAAAAUUCAGAAGGUUGGCAGUAGUAGUUUCUUUGCUACAGAAUAAUCAUGUUACUUGAUAGUAUCUGACUAAAAGCCCUCAUUUUCUAGUACUUAGUAGUAAAAAGAAUGUGGUGGAGUCCUCCAGAAGUCUAGUGUAGGUGUAGGAUAUCAAUUGUGGUUAUUUCAGUGAUCUACAGCCUGACUUUUUCAAAUGCUAAGUAUCUGGAAACUUCAGGCAGGGUCCUACAAAACAAACUGCCAUCAGGACUGAUGUGUACCACGAAGGCAAUUUUAGAUAGUUUGACUGUUAAUGGCUGCAAGAAAGACCUAAAAUUCAAGGGCCAGUGAACUUCAGAUACAUAUGGUGAAAGAAAUGCCACUUCUCUUCUACAAGAGUACUAAUUAGACUUGUUUGUGAAAUCUGAAAAUUUGGCUCUGAGACACUGGUAACAAUAAAAAUACCUGAGCCCUCCUAAGUUUGAUCGGCAUGGAGUAGUAGGUCUGGCAUCAUGUGGCUCUGCACAGCUCGAGUCAUUUCAAGCACCCUCUAAAAACUGCCUUAGUCUACAUGAAGGACUUAACUCUGCAAAGUGCUUUUUGUCUGGCAAAUCCUUUCAAAAUUUUCAGCUCUCUUCUAAAUGCUUCCUUGAAGGAAUCCUUCCUUGAUCCCUUAGGUUAGGUUAGGUUUCUAGUCUGUGUUCUCAUAGCACUCUGCACUUUUUAGUUCCUUAAAGCAACCCCACGUUAUUUUUUUGAAUUUCAAUCUGAAUCUCAUGUAUGUGUCACAUACCUUGUAUGUGUCACAUACCUAGGUCAGAAAAUACUGGAACAAUGAAAUUAAGCUUUAAUAAUUGAAAUUAUGUAAAAUGCUCAUACAUAUGUUUUUAGAUUAGCAGCUUUAUGAUGCCGAUGCUGAAGGAACUUUAACCCCAUUCCUAAAGUCUGCUACUGUUUUAAGUGACAUCCUUAUAGUUGUAGAUAAGCAAAUGUAAGGUGAUAUCAAUGUCAAAAGCCCUUAGUAUCACAUUUAAAAAUUUAUCGUUUAGCAGUAUGACUUUUAAAAUUUGUUUCCAAAUGAGUGUUGUUGAGGAAUGUUAGCAGUAGUAAAAUCUUGUUACAAGAUUUUUGCAUUUACAUGAACUUUCACUCAUUUUUCAGAAUUUGUUCCUAGAGACAGAGAACCCAAUACAAAAGUGAGAACAUGUAUGCAUAAUGAGAAGGAUGCAGUGCAGAUGCCUAGUGAAACUCUGAAAGCAAAAAUGGUACCUGAGAAAGUUCCCCGCAGAUGUGCUACUGUUGCUGCAAAUAAAAUAAAGAUAAUGAGUAAUCUAAAAGAAACGAUCUCAGGACCAGAAAAUGUCUGGAUUAGGAAGAGUAGCAGAAAACUGCCCCAUCGAAAUGCUUCUGCUGCGGCUAAGAAAAAAUUACUGAAUGUUUAUAAAGAGGAUGAUACAACCAUAAAUUCUGAAAGUGAAAAAGAGCUAGAAGAUACUAAUAGCAAAGUGCUUUUUUUAAGGGGGUUCAGAUCCUGGAAAGAAAAUGCACAAUAGUGACUAUGAGAAUGUAGAAGUGGUAUCUGAAAACAACUGGGCCACAAGUAAACUGGCAGUUACAUUCUGCCCCCAGCUCUAAAAUUAAUCCCUGAUUGGCAUCUUCGGAGGAAUUUUCUAAAGGCCAUAAUCCAGUGGGUUCCUCCCAGUCAGCUCUUGAACAAACAUGUGCUCUAGGGAAUUCUGAAGAGGAAAUAGAUUGCAGAGUCUGUAGGUGGAGAGGUUGAAAGAAAAGACAAGUGGCCUGCUAUAAGACUACUAUUCUUCUUUCCAGAAAGCAAGGCCUUGAAGACUUGAUUCCAUAGAGGAAAAAUAUUAUGGGAAGUGUACAGGCUAGGAACACCUUGGAGUGAACAAAUUUCAAAAUCUCAACCUGAUGCUAAUUUUAAGGGUUCUCCAGUACAGAGUAAAGAUUCAGACCAUGACAAUUAUGGUGUCAUGAGGAAAAAAUAUUAGGCACUUUUCCAAAGGAAGUGCUAAUGGGCCUAUUUGACUUUUGAGUGAAGCAAAAACUCUACCCAGAUUCACUCCCUACAGUUCACAUCCCCAAAGGUCAAAAACAAACUAGGAGGAUGUGAGAAAAAAAAUAGCUUGAGAUGCUGAUUACUGAGUUCUGAAGUAGAGUGUUGGAAAUAGGCAAUUAGAUAAAGUCCGUUCAUGUCAUUUUGUUUAUAAUAUUGGAGAUUGUACUGAAUGACCACUUGAUAUGACUAAUUCAGGGAGUAUAUAUUUUUCUAUGAAAGCUAUGAAUGUUACUACCACAGCUAUUCCUUAUUUUUCCUUUUAUGUAGCAGCAUUUACAGAAAUGCCAAAAAUGUGCCUCAUUAAGAGGCAGGUCUUAAGUUUUAAUCAGUUAAAAAAAUAAAAGGUAUAGCUCAAGAUCAAAACAGUCAUAUUUUUAGAUGAUACAGUGAAUCUUUUAUGUUUCUCUACAGCACCUUAAAAAUUAGAACUUGAAUACUUUGAAUAAAUUUAUUACAGUCUCAUCCCAACAAACUUUAAUGGUUGCAUGCUUGGCCUAUUUAAUUGUGGCCUCCGCUAGGAUUAGAAAAUCUGGUCGUGGUACAACAAAGAAUGUAUUUGCAAUAGGAUUUAAUUUGUUGUUUAUAUGAAUUGGUUGAAAUUAAAAUUGCCAGAUUAAAUAAAUGUACCGUCACAUCUUUUUAACACAGUAACGUGUUACUGGAAAAAUUAAGUUGUUGAAAGUAAGCUGUUUCUCAUUUAAAAAUACCUGAAUAUUAAUAUAUGAUUUGCAUGUGUAAAUUUGAAAAAGUAAACUACAGAAACCUAGAGGUUUCUAUUUUUUAAGACAAAUGCAUUUUUUUUUUUUUUUUGGUUAUACAGAUGUAUCAAGUGUCUAAAAUACUUCAGAAAUUUGUGGUUGCAUGUCUGUUUUUUUAAAAAAAGGCUUUUUGUUUUUUAGCAUAAGCCAGACUAUUCUAACCUACUAAGUCUCUGUUCUUUGCUCCUUUUGUUGUAUACUUUUAUCUAAACUAUCCCUAUUAUGUUGAUGCACAGGUGAGAAAGGGAAGAUAAUUCCUAAUAAACUGCUAUUACUUUUA